CCGUAUCCCAUCUCCAAAUCACCCCCGUGGAUAAGGUCAUCAUGGCGCAGAACGUCGACUGGGUUACCCUCGUCGAGAACUGCCCCGCCGGCGAUGGCUGGGGCCCCUCCGUCACCAGCGACACCACGCUGAACGGCGUCCCCUAUGCGCCCUUCUCCAAGGGCGACAAGCUGGGCCGCAUGGCCGACUGGACUGCCGACGGCAAGGGCCAGGACGGCCGUGGUGGAAGGCAGCAGUACAACAGAAACUACAGGGACCAACAAGUGUACGGCGCGAGCCACGCCGUCACCUUCAACGCCCCUCCCGCCGAAGACGAGUCAUCUUUCUCCGUCGUCAGCAACACACGCGACAGCACCAAGACCAGGUACGGUCGUGGUGCCGUCUUCACUCGCGGCGGCCGCGGCGGCGCUCGUGGCGGCCGUGGUGAUGCCCGCGGUGGACGCACAACGGCAACCCGCGGCGGUGCGGCAGGUGGCCGUGGCGGCUACGGAGGCUUCGACUCGCGCGGCGGACGAGGUGGUGCUGGCGGCCGCGGUGGCCGUCGCUUCGGCUGGAAGGACUACGACAAGCCUGCCCGCAACCACGGACGAGGGGUGGAGAGAUGUCGACAGCUACGGGCCUUCCUCUACUACUACGACCGCUCCUACGACAAGGCGCCGGUCAAGAACGCCGAGAAGAAGCUCACGGCCAUCGACCGUGCCGCCUACAACGUCACGACUUCGUCGGACCCCGUCAUCCAGGAGCUCGCCGAGAAGGACGAGGCUCAGAUCUUCGCCACCGACAGCAUUCUCUCCAUGAUCAUGUGCGCGCCGCGCUCCGUCUACUCGUGGGACGUUGUCAUUGUCCGCCAGGGCAACAAGAUCUUCCUUGACAAGCGUGAUAACGCCGCGCUUGACAUGGUCACGGUCAACGAGAACGCCGCCGAUGCGCCCCUCGAGGCCUCGGAGGGCAGCAAGGACACUGUCAACCAGCCGUCGGCCCUUGCUGAGGAGGCCACCUACAUCAACCACAACUUUGCCAACCAGGUCGUGCUCGAGGGCAACAGCAAGGUCGACAUGCCCAACAGCAACCCCUUCUACAACGCCUCCGAGGACACCGACCCUCCGGCCUCCAAGGCCUACAAGUACCGCCGCUUCGACCUUUCGACCAGCGACGAGGAGCCCGUCCACCUUAUCGUCAGGACCGAGGUCGACGCCGUCCAGAAGAACGCCAUCUCCGGCGAGGACCAGUACCUGACCGUCAAGGCGCUCAACGAGUUCGACUCGAAGGCACAGGGCAGCGGUGGCGCCCUCGAUUGGCGCCAGAAGCUGGUCAGCCAGCGCGGUGCCGUUGUCGCCACCGAGAUGAAGAACAAUUCUUGCAAGCUGGCCAGGUGGACGGUGCAGAGCAUCCUCGCCAAGUCCGACGUCAUGAAGCUCGGCUUCGUCUCCCGUGUCAACCCCCGCUCCAACGACAAGCACGUCAUCCUCGGCGUCGUCGGCUGGAAGCCCCGCGACUUUGCCUCGCAGAUGAACCUUUCGCUGUCCAACGGCUGGGGUAUCGUCCGCACCAUCGCCGACAUGAUUCUGGCGCGCGAGGAGGGCAAGUACAUUCUCGUCAAGGACCCCAACAAGUCGAUGCUGCGUCUGUACCAGAUCCCCAGCGGCAGCCUCGACGAUGAGGAAGAGGAAGAGGAGGGCGCCGCCGAGGAGGAGGAGGAGGAGGAGUAA